UAAAUUAUCUAAUAAUAGACACUACGCCCGAGAGUUAAUCCAAACAGAAAUGGCGGCAGUAGCGGCAGCAUCCUAUCACUUAAUGCAUCUUCUUCGUUCACAACCACUGUCAACAUCACCAUCUUCUUUCAUUUCUUUUCUCAAACCCCUCCUUGUUUCCUCUCCCAAUGCCCUAUCCACGCGCCUUCAACACAUCAAUCUUCCACCACUCAGAAAAACCCUCGUUCCCUCUCUCUUCUCUACCUCCUCUUCUUCCCUGUCUGUUUCUCAAGAUGUGGAAGAAACAGAGACUGAAGACGAGGAAUUGGAAACGGAAAGAGGUGAUUUUGAAGAUACCCAAUUGGGUUCAUCUUCGUCGCCGUUGGAGAGGAAGAGGGAGGAGAGACUCAACUUAAAGCUGCCGAGUCUCACUGUGAAAGAAAGGAAAGAGCUUGCAUCUUAUGCUCACAGUUUGGGGAAAAAGCUCAAGACCCAGUUGGUGGGAAAAUCUGGCGUUACCUCCAAUCUUGCCACCUCUUUCAUCGAAACCCUAGAAGCCAACGAGCUUCUCAAGAUUAAAAUACAUCGCAGCUGUCCGGGUGUGUUAGAUGAUGUGGUGAAGCAGUUGGAAGAAGCAACAGGAUCUGUGGCUGUUGGUCAGAUUGGUCGAACUCUGAUUAUAUACAGGCCUAGUAUCUCCAAAUUGAAGGCAGAAGAAAAGAAGAAACAAGUUCGUAAACUUAUUCUGAGAAAAGAACUCCUGAGAAAACAAUUAAAACCAAGACCGGUAAAAAAGAGUGAGGAACAAGUACCCAAAUUGUCACGGCGCGGUUCAUCAUGGAAAGCGAGAAACAGUAGGUCAUAAACACGAUAUAUUUUUGUCGAGGUUUGACCAUGUGCUUGGCCUGAACUAGCUUGAGGUUUUGCAUGCAUCAAUACCAGCGCUCAAGGUAGUGGACAUUUUAUUGGCAGGGGAAAACUCAGUUUAAGCACGUUUGUAUCAAAGAGUGCUUGCACACGUGAAAGAAUCUGCAUGUAAUUGGAGCUGGAGAAAAUUGCAAAUCUUGAACUGAGUUUAGUUAGGCUUGAUGAAGGACCAAAGCAGCCGGUUCUAUUGCUAUUAACGCAUUGUAUUUGCAGUGACUAAAAUCUGAAAUCUUAAUUUAUUACAUUUUUUUCAGCUUAAUUGUGCUAGCCUCUUCGAUUAGCGAAGAAUUAUGAUUUUAGAGCUUUUAAUUUUCAUCAUGGAAAAAUCUUGGUUAGAAACGGACUGAGGUCUUUCUGUGUCUAGGCACAUGAGAUAUCUCGUACAAUAAGGAAAAGAUAAAAUAAUUCUUGAUUGGCAUGCUGCAACUAAUGUAAUUGCAUUUUUGUGUAGUUCACAAGCAUUCAAUAGUAAAACAAAGGAGGAAUGUUGUGGCAG